UUGGUAACACUGUGUCGGCUACGCUUUUUUUUACUUCUGCGUGGCGUGGUGUUUAAUAACAAAAUUAAUUGUUAUAAAAACAAAUAAAAUUGUUGCAAAUUUAAUAAAAACAAUAGUACAAUGUUAGUACUAUUUGAAACCCCUGCGGGGUAUGCAAUUUUUAAGUUACUGGAUGAAAAUAAACUAGUAAAGACAGAUAAUCUUUAUCAUGAUUUCGAAACACCUGAAGCUGCAGGCAGAGUAGUGAAAUUAAAACAUUUCGAAAAAUUUGCCGAUACAACUGAAGCAUUGGCAGCAACAACUGCGGCUGUUGAGGGAAAAUUGGGAAAAUCUUUAAAGAAAAUAUUGAAAAAAUAUUGUUCCGAAGUACAAGAACAACUUGCUGUUGCUGAUGCAAAAUUAGGUACAGCAAUAAAAGAUAAAUUAAGUUUACAAUGUGUGAGCAAUACAAAUGUUCAGGAAUUAAUGCGUUGCAUACGAAGUCAAAUGGACAGUCUUCUUGCUGGUUUUCCAAAAAAAGAAAUGACAGCAAUGGCACUUGGUUUAGCUCAUAGUUUAUCAAGAUAUAAAUUAAAAUUUUCACCUGAUAAAAUUGAUACAAUGAUAAUACAAGCCGUUUGUCUUCUUGAUGAUCUUGAUAAAGAAUUAAAUAAUUAUGUUAUGCGUUGCCGCGAAUGGUAUGGAUGGCAUUUUCCCGAAUUGGGAAAACUUAUUACCGAUAAUGUUGCAUUUGUUAAAACUGUUAAUAUUAUUGGUACAAGAGAAAAUGCAGCAUCAAGUGAUUUAUCAGAUAUUUUGCCAGAAGAAAUUGAAGAAAAAGUAAAAGAAGCUGCUGAAAUUUCAAUGGGUACAGAAAUAUCUAACGAUGAUAUUAUAAAUAUUCAACAUUUGUGUGAUCAAGUUAUAGAAAUUUCACAAUACAGAACACAAUUGUAUGAUUAUUUAAAGGCAAGAAUGAUGGCAAUGGCACCAAAUUUAACUGUUCUUGUUGGCGAUUUAGUUGGAGCGCGAUUAAUUUCUCACGCUGGUUCAUUAAUUAAUCUUGCAAAACAUCCGGCGUCGACUGUUCAAAUUCUUGGCGCUGAGAAAGCACUUUUUAGAGCUUUAAAAACAAAAAAGGAUACACCAAAAUAUGGUUUGAUUUAUCAUGCACAAUUAGUUGGUUCGAGUUCAACGAAAAAUAAAGGAAAAAUGUCAAGAAUGCUCGCUGCAAAAGCAUCGUUGGCAAUUAGAGUCGAUGCUCUUGGUGAGGAUGUGAGUUUUGAUUUUGGCGCCGAGCAUAAGGCAAAGCUUGAGGCAAAAUUAAGAAUUUUAGAAGAGGGAAAUUUGAGAAAAUUGAGUGGCACUGGUAAAGUUAAAGCGAAAUUUGAAAAAUAUCAAACUAAAAGUGAAAUUGUACAAUAUCCAACUGCUGCCGAUUCAACUUUGGCAACAACAAAGAGACGAUAUUCCGAGGCUGAUGAGAAAAAACCAUUAAUUGAGGAAAUUAAAACCGAAGAGGUGCCGAAGAAGAAAAAAAAGAAGAACGACGAACAAGAAGGCGAUGAUAAAUCCGAAGAGGUAGAAGAGUCGGAUUUGGUUACUCCGAAAAAGAAAAAGAAGAAAAUCAAACAGGAACCCGAGGAAGAGAUCGAGGAAGCUGGCGAAAGUUCAGAACCAAAAAAGAAGAAAAAGAAGAAGAAGGACAAAGAUCAGUCCGAAACAAUGGAAAUGGAAGAAGUAACUCCAAAAGAAGAAGGCAGUGAAAAAAAGAAAAAGAAGAAAAAAGUUAAAGAGGAACAAGAAGGAGAGUCUGCAGUUCCAGAUGAAUAUUUAGGAACAAGUUCCGGUGAAAAGAAAAAGAAGAAGAAAAAGAAACAAACUGAAGAUCCAGAUACGUAAAUUAUUUUUCAUUUAGAAUAUUGUUUUCAAUUUUGAUUAAAGAAAUUCAAUAUUUGUUAUCUCACAUAUUCGCAAAUUUGUAAUAUCAAUUGCGAAUAAUUAAAAAUUUAUUAAAAUUAAAAUUUUGUAUUCGGAAUCCACAAUUAUAGUUUAUCUCCUCCUAAAUCAUUUUUCUCUAUUCAAAAACUAUAAUUCGAAUUAAAUACCCUCAAUCGGAAAUUAUUAAUUCUAUGAAUAAAUUUUACAAAUCAAAAUCAAUUAAAAAAGGAAUUAUGAAAAUGUUAGAAAACUAGAAAGUAUUUUAGUUAUUUAAUCUACAAUAACUAUUCGUAUACAAUAUAUUUUUACUGUAAAUAUUGUAAGUUUUAUAUUUGUAAAUAAUAUAAAAAUACACAGAAUUUGUAUUCUA